AUGGGGAAACCGAGGCGAGAAGUUAUGUUUGACACGAUUGACAUAAGCAACAUUGCAUGCCGGGACAGGGCUGGAGAGCGCGGCGCUGAUAUCGCAGACACCAUGAAACUGUUUGCUGAUAUGCAAAGGCGGAGGCCGGGAUUCCACCAGGUGGAAGAGACAGAGAACAAUGUAGUGCGCAGCCUGUUCUGGACAAACUCCUUGUGUAAGAUGAAUAAUGAUCUAUAUGGAGAUUUCGUGUCUUUUGACACGACAUUCUCUACAAAUAUAUAUGGCUUGCCAUUUGCACCAAUUAUAGGUGUCGACAACCACGGGUCGACCGUCCUGUUUGGAGUAGGCCUUUUGAAGGAUGAGAAAAUAGGGUCAUUCAAGUGGCUCCUAAGCACGUUUGUCGAGGUAAUGGGAGGUAAAGAGCCGAAAUACAUAAUAACAGACCAGGACCAGGCGAUGAAGACUGCAAUAAAGGAAGCUCUUCCGAGGACGAGGCACAGGUUCUGCUGGUGGCAUAUUAGGAAGAACCUGAAGGAAAAUAAUGCAGCAGUGUUUGCGCAACACCCAGGGAUGUCUGAUGAUAUAUUUCGAAUCGUCAAAAACUCACUAGAUCAAGACGAGUUUGAGCGUGCCUGGAAAGCAGCAAUUUCUCUGCACAAGGCGGAAGGCAACAAACACCUGAACACGCUAUGGGAACUCCAAAAGUUUUGGCUGCCGGCCUACUUCAAGGACUGUUUCUAUCCUUUCUCGUCAACAACCACUCGCAAUGAGAGCACGAAUUCGAUGUGGAAGAAUUACGUCGACCACAAGGACACUAUAAAAAGGUUUGUUAAUGCGUAUCACACGAUUCAGCAAAAUUGCCUCGCCACGCUUGACAAGAAAAGACACCGAACAGAAGAGAAGGCGCCAUCACUAGAGACGGGUUUUUCGAUUGAAAGACAAGCAAGUCAAGUAUACACGAAUGAAAUUUUCAGGAAAUUCCAGCUGGAGCUACGGAACCGGACUUACUUCAAGUGCUCUGACCUGGCAAAGGGGAGGCAAUAUUUUUUUAAAAAGAUUACUGAGCCUGGAGAAAAAGUGUGGAAACCAUAUCUGGGCGAGGAAUUUGACAGGUCUGAGUUCAGGGUAGAUGUGGAUGAGCAAAAAGAAAUAUACAGUUGCAGCUUCAAGAAAAUGAGUAGGGAUGGCAUUCAGUGCUGCCAUGUGCUUAAGGUGAUGGACCAAACAUGCAUGAUCGAUCAACUUCCAAAAUCCUUUGUCAUCCCCAGAUGGACCAGGAAUCUAUCAGAGAGUCUGAAAGUUCUGUCUACAAGUCAAGGUGAUAGCAUGACUGCACAAUACUAUGAAACUAUGAGAUUCGGCCUCGCUUACGCUGAGUUUGUUGGAUAUCUGUUCAAAUGCUUGCAGAAAAGAGAAGGCAUACCAUGUGCUGCGUGA